AUUUCUUUGCAUUUUCAAAAAAAAAAAAAGUCUAGUCAAAAGUUCUAUAAAGUCCUCAACCUCAGCAAAAAAGAAAUUUACUAGUAAUACAAAAAACAAGGAGAAGGAUAUCUUGCAGAGUCUAUAGUCAUGGCUUUGGUAGAAAGAGGUAUGGUUUUGUCUAUAAUGAUGGUAGCUAUGCAGAUUUCAUAUGCAGCUGUAUACAAGGUUGGUGAUUCUGCUGGCUGGACUACACUUGGUAACAUUGACUACAAAAAAUGGGCUGCUACCAAGAACUUCCAACUUGGUGACACUAUUAUAUUUGAAUAUAGUGCAAAAUUCCACAAUGUGAUGCGAGUGACACAUGCCAUGUACAAGUCAUGCAAUGCAUCAUCACCUAUAGCAACAUUCACCACUGGAAAUGACACCAUAAAGAUAACAAAUCAUGGUCAUCACUUCUUCUUCUGUGGUGUACCUGGACACUGUCAAGCAGGACAGAAGGUUGAUAUUAACGUGCUCAAAGUUUCUGUAGCUGCUUCACCUGCUCCAUCAUCUUCACCUUCAGCAUUGGCUUCUCCUGCUGAAGCUACAGUUCCAGCUUCCAAUGUACCUGCACCUUCUCCUAGUAAUGCUGCACCACAGAAAUUUAUUGCUUUAAAAAUGAUGCUGGCUUUUUUGGCCAUGCAAUUUCUUGCUGUUAAUUUCUAGCUAUAUAUGCUAAAUAAGGAAGUCUUGUAAUUUGUUUACUAGUUUGGUUUGUGGGCCUUUUUGGUUUUUACUUCUAUUGGAAUUUCUCUAAUUCCUUCACUUGCUGGAUAGACAAACAUGUAUUGCUAGAUGUAUUACUCCAGUUGUCCUAUAAUAAUGAUCAUAUUUACAAAAAAAAAAAAAA